CUGACUUCAGGUGGAAUUUUUCUAGGUAUCGUAUCAGUUCUUUUCUGUGGUAUCUCUCAAGCGCACUAUACCUUUAACAAUCUUUCCGAGGAGUCAAAGCACACAACGAAACAGUUUUUCCAGAUGAUUUCAUUUGUCCUCGAAAGCUUUAUAUUCUGCUAUGUCGGUGUCAGUAUAUUCGUGGAGAAUAAUCAAAAAUGGAAUAUUGGAUUUUUGUUCUUCUCGCUGAUCUCAAUUGUCGUUGCUCGUGGUCUCUUUGUGUACCCGUUAAGUUUCCUUCUGAACAUUUGGCGCCGUCCGCGCAUUCCUCGUUCCUACCAGCAUAUGCUUGUGUUCGCCGGUCUUCGUGGUGCAAUGGCUUUCGCUCUUGCUGAUCGAAAUACUUCUACUGAUAAUAGACAGAUAAUUUGUUCUACAACUGCAGCUAUUGUAAUGGUUACUGUCUUUUUCAAUGGCAGCCUGACUGCUUGGAUGGUUGACUAUCUGGGAAUUAAGUAA